AUGCGUUCUCAGAUGUCAACUUUCAAGCGCGCGGAAUUGCACAAGAAAAGCCUUGCACAGCGGACCCACAGUAGCUACUUAGUUUAAUCUCUUUUGUUGUCUUUAGCUACAUCGGUAUAGACGUUUUUAUCAUUAUCAACACAUAAGGGUUUAACAUGUGGAAUCAAGGAGGAUAUAGCGAAACAAACACGAUGACUGGUGGGUAUAGUCAGUCUCCAGGGGGAUUCGCUUCACCUGCCGCAUCCCAGGGAGGAGAGAAGAAAGGGAGAACUCGUGCCCAGCAGAUCGUCCCGUGCACGGUGUCCCAGCUCAUGUCCGCGGCCCAAGCUGAGGAUGUCUUCCGAGUAGGAGAGGUGGAAGUUGCCCAGGUUACUUUUGUUGGAAUCAUCAGAAGUACUGACAAGUCCAUGACCAACAUUCAGUACAAAGUGGAUGACAUGACUGGAGCCCCUAUGGACGUCAAACAGUGGGUGGAUACAGAAGAUCCUGGUGUGGACAGCACGGUCAUUCCCCCAAACACAUACGUCAAAGUCUCUGGGAACCUACGCUCCUUCCAGAAUCACAGGUCUGUAGUAGCAUUCAACGUGCGGCCCCUCGAGGACAUGAAUGAGAUCACCUCACACAUGCUGGAGGUUGUACAGGCACACAUGCUGCUCAGCAAACCACAGUCUACGAUGGGUGGUGGGGGAGGGAUGAAUACCAGCAUGAUUCCCAUGUCCAAGCCUGGGAUGGGAGGCAUGGGAGGAAGUUACUCAGGGGCCAGCGACAUGUCUGCCAAUGGGCUGAGCCCCAGCCAGAACCAGGUGCUGAGGUUGAUAAGGAGCUGUCAAGACGCUCAGGGCAUCAGCAUCCAGGAUCUGAAGCAGAGACUCGGCGGUAUAAGCUUGGCUGUUAUCAAACAAGCAGUGGAUUUCCUCAGCAAUGAAGGACACAUAUUUUCCACUAUUGAUGAGGACCACUUCAAAUCUACUGACAACGAAGACUAGUGCCUUCACUCUCACACUUAUUCCUAGCAGGAAUCAGACUUGAGUUUAUAAACCUGAUCUACAAACAAAUAUAUAUGUACAUACAUUAGCCUUGGGAGUCUCUGAAAUGCAUGUAUUUGUUUAUGGGACUAAUCUUAAAUAAUUUGCUGAUUAAGUUGCAUGUGGUUGUGUUAAAUAGCUGCAUAUAUAGGCAGCCUUUCGUGGAAGCCAUUGUUCACACAUCCUGUUUUAAAACAGUUCUUUGUGAGAAUUAGACAGAUGUGGUUCAUCAUGGUCCUCUUGUUUCCUCUGAACAUCACUCUGAAGUAUGUUUUUAGAUUCCUUCAGAAUAAAAGUAAUCUGACCAUGCUAUAAAUUAAAUGAACGUGGUAUACAACUAGAACCAUUGCAGUCCAUAUUCUCACGUUGUUUCUCUCUUAAGUAAAGGCACUUUUUCUUAAAAGUCUGUUUUCU